CGUUGUCAAGGGCUAAUCAUAUGGAUCAGAUUGUAGAUCCAAAGUUAUCAAGAAAAGGCGGUUUCUCGAAAAAACUGAUGGAAAGAACUCUUCAAAUGGCCUUAAAGUGUCUACAUGAAGAUGCAAACGCUAGACCAGUGAUCACCGAAGUAGUGACUAGUCUAGAUUACAUCAUUGAGUACUCGUUGAGGGGAAGGAUACAUAGGCGUGGAGGAAGAGUCGAUACUAAUAGGGCGGGGACAUCGACUGAGAUGGAUGUUAUUGAAGAAGAAAGUGACAUUCUUGAGAGGAAGAGAGUCUUGGAAGAGGCUUUAUCUUGGGCUGAUAAGUGUAGGCGAGGCUCUCAGCCAACAGCAACGCCGAGUCCUAAUUUAAAGAGUUGAAGAUGAAGAAAGUUGUUUUUAUUUGCUUAGUGUUACUCUUUCUUUUUCGAAACUUAAAAUUGACUGAAAUUUCUAGUCCUCUAUUUAUUCAUGACAAUUGAAUUGAUUUUGG